CCACUCGGAACCUGCUUUCUCCUGCCCCUCUCUCUCUCUCUUUCUUUCUGUGUGUUUUCCCGCGGUAUCUCGCCGCCUGAACCUCUCGGCCUCCCACGUCUGGAGAUUUUGUUUUUUAAAAUAAAAACCAAAUCAUAACGGUCGAUUGGAGAUGGUGGAAGAAGUAAAGAUGGAAGACGGCAAGAAUGAUAGGAUUCAGGAGAUUUCUCUGCCAUCGUGUUCUCCGGAUUCAGAUGGCAGUUGCGAGAUGACUCCUGGCACUAUUUCUGGUAGAACAAGUGGUCCAACUAGGAGAUCAACAAAGGGAGGCUGGACAGACAAGGAGGAUGAUCUUUUGGUUAAAGCUGUGAAGCAAUUCAAUGGGAAAAAUUGGAAGAAAAUAGCUGAACUUUUUCCAGGCCGGUCAGAUGUUCAGUGCUUACAUCGUUGGCAGAAAGUUCUCAAUCCUGAGCUAGUUAAAGGAACUUGGACCAAAGAGGAAGAUGACCGUAUAAUCAAGCUAGUUGCAAAGCAUGGUUGUAAGAAGUGGUCUGUCAUUGCAAAGUCUUUGCCAGGCCGCAUAGGCAAGCAAUGUCGAGAGAGGUGGCACAACCACUUGAACCCUUCAAUAAAAAAAGAUGCAUGGACACCAGAGGAAGAAGUGACUUUAAUUCAUGCCCACCAAAUAUAUGGAAACAAGUGGGCUGAAAUAGCCAAGCUUUUACCAGGAAGGACAGAUAACUCAAUAAAGAAUCAUUGGAACUGCUCUGUAAAGAAGAAGUUGGGCUCAUGUUUGGCAUCAGGAAUUCCUAGUCAGCCGUUUGGAAAUCCUGCUUUCAAAUUGAACAGUCACCAAGAAACAGUGGGAAGCCUCAAAUCACAUCCUGCAAAACUAGGAAGGAAGGAGUUGAGUUCGGACACUUCUCUUAUUGGAAAUUCCAAAUGCCUCAAAGCAGAUGACCAGCAUACUUUAGCAGAUGAUACUGAAUGCUUGAAGUUAGAGGUGAAACCAAGUCCAACAAGUGACCCUAAAUGCAGGAAAUCAGAGGCAAUUUUUUCUGCAAAUCCUUCUAAUUGGCAGGAAGAUAGAAGUCCAUGUUCAAGUCGCCAAACUAGUUUGUCAUUCAGCACUGUGUUGCUGUGUCGUUUGACUGAUUUGUGGCAUGGAAAUAAUCCCGCUCAUGCUAGUGUGACAGAUGAUUUGCAUGGUACUCCUACACCCCAAUCUAAGGCACUUCCUUCUGUUUUCGAUGAGUUUUAUUCACAUGUUCCAUCUAAAGAGUCUUCCAUUAAGAGAAGACCUAAAUCUCCUAAAAUGUCCGAGGAGCAUGCUUUUAAUAAGAAUGAUUUGACCAUCAAAAAUAUGGAUUCAAAUUAUGUGACUGAUACUUCAAAAAUGCUAACUAUUGAUUCAAGUAACAAUGACAUGGUUGAUGACCAUAACCAAGUAACCAGCACACCUCUAAGUUGUGAUGGUGGAAAUGUUGGCUCAUUGCCAUACCCAACUUUGCAGUUGACACAUGAAGGAAGUUCUCUUUCAGGUGAGGUAAAAUCUAAAACGGAGAGUUAUGUCAAACAGACACAGAGCCCAGUUCAGUAUUGUACACCGCCAGUCAUUUCACCAAGUCAUACUUUUAGUCCAAGGGAUCCGAUAUCUUAUUUAAGGGCUGCAGCAAAGAGCUUCAAAGAUACUCCAUCAAUUUUCAGAAGGCGCAGACUUCUUGAUCUCAGCAGAACUCAUAUUUUGAAUGGCAAACAUUUUUCUCAGUCCUCUAAUGACUCAUUCGGCACGAGGAGCUGAGUAACUGGAGAUCCCCACUACAGAGAACAUUUUUCACAAGUUUGUCUGGCGAUUAUAGAUCUUGUGAGCAUCUAUAGACUAUAGAUGAGGUGUUGUAUGUACAAGAAUUUCAUAUUCUGUCCUCAACCAUCAUUUUCAUAUCCUCGAGUUGCAUCCAAGUUGGUUUCCUGCAGCUGGUUAUUUCCUCUCCCCUGAAUUGAGUAGUACUGAUACCGUUCAGAAGGAAGCCAUGAGUUUUAUUAGCCCCCUUAACCAGUUACAAGCAGUCUGGUGCUAUGUGGCAAUGUGAAGUUAUAACCAAUAUUUGAUGCACAUUUUCUGUUUUCUGUACAUAGAUGGUUAGAAAAUUCAUUGAACAUGUAAAGAGAAGCACUAGAUUUUCUAAUCUUUAAUCUUUUUAUCUGUAACUAAAAAUGUUUAUGCAUUUAAUUCAUUUUUCUCCCGAGGAGGUUUUCUUCUCGAAUCUGUCUGCCUGAAAAUUCAAACUUUAUAUACAUUCUUUUCAUUUUUCUCUCACUCUUAUUUCUCUAUUGCAGUGCCAGAGGCAUGGUAAUGAAUAGAUUUAGAUUCUGAAAGAUAUGGGGAAUGGUAGCGACCAUUUUGAUUCCAGAAGGAUUCGCAUAUCCAGGAGAAAGGGACUUCAUACCAACUCAACUGUUUGGUUCUGUUUUGAUUUAGUCCAGUGUUUGGAUUUUCAACUCCACGCGCUGCAAUCUGGCCCAGGGGAUGACGGGAUGGCAUUAGUGUUUUUGGGAUGAAAGUGUAGCAUUAAGCUCUCACAUAUCGUAGAACUCGCAUUGAUCACGAGAAACUAAUGCUGAAGGCUCGGAGAACUCUUUGCAGGGGCUAGACUAGGAACUGGAAGAGUUUCAAAACACCACCAAACAAUGCAGUCAUACUAUAGCACAGAAGAUCAGCAAUAUAUCAGACUAGAUAAUUUCAAGAAGGACCUCACCUUCUCACGCUUGCCAGUAACGACGCGGGAAGGAAUGGGGAACCUCUCUGCAUGUCGAAGCGGAUCAUGCCUUGAAGGGAAGUAAUCCACCUUUCAAUCAAAAAAAAUCAAUCACCUCUUCAGUCCAAGAAUAAAGAAGCAAUAAGGAACCAUCAAAUG